ACUGGGGCCGUGUGGAGGGUGGAGCCCGGUGAAUGGGGUAGGGUAUUGACGUGAUAUAAUUACGGUGGGACUUGUAGUUUUCAUCCUGCUGAAGUAACCUUCAACUUUGCGUCAUUUUCCAGCUUGGAUAGAGGACAUUUGGUACGGGUAGCAGAGGGCUAAGAUGGGGGACCCUAUGGCGGCCAUGGUGGAUGCUCCGGCCGGCGAAAUGGUGGAGCCGGUAGCGGCGGCGGCGGCGGCAGCAGCGGCGGCGUCGGCGCCGGCCUGGGAGGAUGAGGCGGCCGCGCUGCUGGUGCAGGCCGUCUCACUGGUGUCGGCCGGUGCCAUGGUGCUCGGCGGCGCCGUGCCCUACAUCCCACAGUACCUGGAAGUCAAGCGUAGUCAGAACACAGAGGGCUUCUCACUUUUUGUCUGCCUGGCGCUCUUGCUCGCCAACACGCUGCGCAUACUUUUCUGGAUGGGACACCCUUUCGAGCUGCCGUUGCUGGCGCAGAGCGUCAUCAUGAACGGCGUCAUGCUGGCGCUCAUCCACGUCUGCGUUGCCGUCAAGAGCCGCCAGCAUAUCGUCAAGUACAAGGAGCGCACCUUCACAGAUUUUGACAUGCGGUACUUCUGGGAGUGGACCGACUUCGAGUCGUACGUGGAGUGCAUGCUCACCUUCGCCCUGGUGGGCUCCGUGCUGAUGUACUUCUUGAUCGACAAUCCUUGGUUUGUCGAAACGAUCGGAUUUCUCGCCGUUUUUACGGAGGCCAUGCUGGGAGCACCGCAGUUCUACAAGAACUUCGAGCAAAAGUCAACAUACGGAAUGAGCGUGAAGAUGGUGGCGAUGUGGACGUGCGGCGACACGUUCAAGACGGGCUACUUCAUUCUGCGCGAGGCACCCGCCCAGUUCUGGCUCUGCGGUUUUCUCCAAAUCAUGAUCGACGUGGCGAUCUUGGCGCAGGUGGGCUACUACCGGCACGACACGGCGCGCCGUCGCAAGAGCGACCUCGGCCGGUGACGGGGGGGCACCGCCAGGUGGCAGGUCGCACGAUGGCCUUGGGCGGAGUUACCAUGUCCCCGGUAGAUGGCGCGAGUAGCGCGGUCGCAGGUUUUUGCGCCAUUUUAGCUUAUGUUGCGGGUGUAACUGCACAAAUAAGGUUUGUGUUUGACUGAUAGCUGUUCAAUGAUUGAGUUCGGUGGAUGUGAGAUUGUAGCAGUAACUAAUUAUUUUUGCGCAUUUCGGAAGCUGUGCCUUGGGUGGUGUUUGUCGUGAUCCUCAUUUUGCGGUUGAGUUUUGCCUUCAUGUGAUAAUGCUGUAGCCAUUAAGUUUCUGAUUAUAGCAAUAAGCUUAGUUGUUUUAUGCACUUUGUACCUUGACGAAGUGUUAAGCCACUGUUGAUACGAAUUAAGUCAUUUCUUGUCGCUGUGCAAAUCUGACUUCUGAUGAUGUGCUACAAAACUUGAUAGUCGCAAAGUAUAGCAUGCUAUCCAGUUACGUAGUCUACAUAAAGGUUCUCGUGCGCUGAUCAUCCCAGUGUGCCAUGUUGGCGCUUAUGAUUUGUUUUGCAGCCACUCGUUUUCCGUGAUUAUACCUAGGGUGACAUAUGUCUUAUUGGUGCAUUUCAUGCAUUCAAUUUCCAUUCAUUGCGUUAGCGUGAAUAAAUACAGAAAUGGAAACUGAAUGCAUUUAAUUAGACUCUGUAUAUCUGCAUAUAAUGCACAUAGCACGUGGCAGUGCACAGAUGCAUGUUACUCACUUAGUAGUGUUGUGUGGUGGUGCAGCCAGGAGCCGCUAACGGAAAUGUCUGGCAUUGACAACUUAUGGUGUAAUUCGGGCUCCGACUUCUGCCAAAACUGUUGAUUUUUCAUCCUGUUUGUGAUCUCAUAGCCGAGUCGAAUGACGACCGUGUAGUGCGACGCACAAACGAUCGUGAGCUUGACGCUGUUGCAAUAAUACAGGGCA